UACCAACAAAGCUUGAAUGGAGGUACAUUUCCAUCACUAGAAGAAAAAAAAAUCAUAACACCUCCAAUUCCAAUCCAAUAGAACCCUUUCCACUCCGGAUUAUCCAUCCAUGGCAGUUGUAGCUGCUCCCAAGAAGAACAACUCAAUGAACAAGAAAGAUAAUCCAAAUCUUCUAUUGGGACGUUUUGAAUUAGGAAAACUUCUUGGCCAUGGAACCUUUGCAAAAGUCCACCUUGCCAAGAACCUCAAAACAGGUGAAUCCGUAGCUAUAAAGAUCAUAAGUAAAGAUAAAAUCCUUAAAAGUGGUUUAGUUUCACAUAUCAAACGAGAAAUCUCCAUUCUGCGCCGUGUUCGUCACCCCAACAUUGUUCAACUCUUUGAAGUCAUGGCUACAAAGACAAAGAUUUACUUUGUGAUGGAAUAUGUACGAGGUGGUGAGCUUUUCAACAAGGUUGCUAAAGGUAGGUUGAAAGAAGAAGUUGCAAGGAAAUAUUUUCAGCAGUUAAUAUGUGCUGUUGGAUUUUGUCAUGCUAGAGGUGUUUUUCAUAGAGAUCUAAAGCCUGAAAAUUUGUUGCUUGAUGAAAAAGGUAACCUUAAAGUUUCAGAUUUUGGUCUUAGUGCUGUGUCGGAUGAAAUUAAGCAAGAUGGGUUGUUUCAUACUUUUUGUGGUACACCUGCUUAUGUUGCUCCUGAGGUUUUGUCUAGGAAAGGUUAUGAUGGUGCUAAGGUUGAUAUUUGGUCUUGUGGGGUUGUUUUGUUUGUUUUGAUGGCUGGUUAUUUACCUUUUCAUGAUCCUAAUAAUGUUAUGGCUAUGUAUAAGAAGAUUUAUAAAGGUGAAUUUAGGUGUCCUAGAUGGUUUUCACCAGAACUUGUUAGUCUUCUUACUAGGCUUCUUGAUAUUAAACCUCAAACUAGGAUUUCUAUUCCUGAGAUUAUGGAGAAUCGUUGGUUUAAGAUAGGUUUUAAGCAUAUUAAAUUUUAUGUUGAGGAUGAUGUUGUUUGUGAUCUUGAUUCACUUGAUCUUGAUGGUGAGGAUAAUAAUAAUAAGGUAGUAAAGGUCGAUGAUCAUCACGAUGAAGUACUGGAAUCAGUAUCAGAAAAUGAAUCGGAUUCUGAGGUUGUGAAUAGAAGGAUCAGGAAUCGUGGUUCAUUGCCAAGGCCUGCAAGUUUGAAUGCUUUUGAUAUUAUAUCGUUUUCGCAAGGUUUUGAUCUUUCUGGUUUAUUUGAGGAAAAGGGUGAUGAGGCAAGGUUUGUGUCUAGUGCAUCAGUGCCAAAGAUAAUAUCAAAAUUGGAGGAAGUUGGUCAAAUGGUUAGGUUCAAUGUGAGGAAGAAAGAUUGCAAGGUUAGCUUGGAGGGUUCAAGAGAAGGGGCAAAAGGGCGAUUGACUAUUGCUGCCGAGGUCUUCGAAUUGACACCUUCUUUGGUGGUGGUUGAGGUGAAGAAAAAAGGAGGGGAUAAGGUUGAGUAUGAUAAAUUCUUAAACACUGAAUUGAAGCCUGCUUUGCAUAGUUUAACCAAGGAGGAAUCUGCAGGUUCUUCAAGUCAAACUACACCAGAUGAAUCUUUGCAACAACGUGCAUUUUCUGAUUCUGCCAUCGACAAACAUUCAGAUAGUAUUGAAUCUCUGAACUUAGAUACCUGAAGAAUGACAUAUAAUAAGAUAAAGGGGUAAUUUUUGUUUAUUAUAGAUUGUGUAUGUAUGGUACUUUUUCUUUCUUUGUUUUGUUUUUCCAGAUUUGUCCUGUUUUUUUCUUUCAUGUUUACUCCUUGAUUGGAGCAUUAGAUGCUACUGUAUUUGUUUGUCCUAAUAAUUUUGUAAGAAGAAUGCAUAUUCAAUUUGAAUAUACUCAAUGGAAUAUACAUGUCCUGUUUUUGAACAUUAA